GUAACAAGCCGACAGUGUAAAUUCACCUCCCACUGUAUUGGUCCAAGAAGUCAAAGUCCAAAACAAAUUAUAUAAAUGAUUCAGCAGUUUCCACAGACUUCACAGUCACUGUUCGUGAUACAGGAAUCAUGAGGAUCCCAUUGGCUUGUUUGCUGCUGCUUUCUGCUACUGUGCUCUCUCAGGAUGCAAACCCUGGUUACAUAAAGUUUAUAAACCAACACAUCAAUGGCCAGAUGCGUGCUGACAGAUGUGACCACGUGAUACGAACGAGACAGAUCACCAAGACCGACAGCAAUGAGUGCAAAGAGACCAAUACCUUCAUCCGAGCCACCACCAACUUAGUCAAACCUGUCUGUGGGCUUGCAGGAGAGCCAUACGGUCAGUUGACCAAAAGCCUUCGACCUUUCGACAUUGUUGUUUGUACACUGAAAAGUCAGGGCAGGUAUCCCAACUGUCAGUACCGUGGUCAAGCUCGCACCAGGAAGAUUGCAUUCAGAUGUGAAAACGGUCUUCCUGUGCACUAUGACAGAGACAUCGUGUACUUUGAAAACUGAUUAAAGAGUAGUUAUGUACUUUUCAGUCUCUUGACAAUAAAAUAUGUUUGACAGCU